UCAUUUUCAAAUGCAAGUAGAAGUAGACUAUCUCUAUGGCUGUGUUUUUGCCGACUCAAGCUACAGUAUUUAAAGGCUUUCUGGAGCCCAAGACCACCAUCAGACGAAUACCAUGGCUACGAACGCCGCGAUAGAAGAUUUCGAUGUAGCGUCACCCCGUCGAAGAAAACACUCCAGCUACUCCGAGCCCAGUAUCACAGCCAGCAGCAACAGCACCAGCGAUGGGUACUACAGCCUGGGUUAGUGCUUGGUGUUCCUGACGUUUUCUCCAGACGGACGCGUGAGGGAAUUGAGAAAGGAGAGAGUAGGAGCGGCCAGCAUGUAUUUAGAUAACUUUGUUACUUCAAGUACCAGUAUGGCAGUCGAGGGGAGGGAAGAUCAGAACAGUAGGGCUGAUAAGUUGGAGUCACAAACCAAUAGGGAUGCCCUUUCAAAGCAGCAGGAAGAAGUCAAUUCAUUUCCUCCUGAUGCAUAAUGAUGAGCAUACAUGGUACUGUACACUUCCUUCUCAUAUUUCAAGUUGGUCAAGAUUGCAGCUGCUGCAAAUAAUCCAUUCUUUGGAGCUUACUGAGCUGCACUUUUGCUUGCUCCUCGAGCAAAAAUAUCACUUGUGCAUCAUGCAUCGGUUUUCUAAUGAGCCUGACCUUGAUGAGGCUGUGAAGAAAAUCACUGAAAACCAUGGUUACAUCUCUGUGGUUACUUCUGACAAAAGGACUCUAGCAUCAUUAGAUUUUAUCUUAUGCUCUUUACUGUAUCAUUGCUCUUUGUAUCUCAUGCUCUUUUACUGUGAAAUAUUUUUGUCACUUCAACAGUAAGAGCAAUGGCGCUACUGCAACAACG